ACUAUGGCGGCGCCCAUGCAGCCCACCGCGUCGCGGGCGCCCGCCGGGGUCUCCCGCGGCUGCCGCCGCCGCCUGCGCCGCCGCCUCCACCUUCCCGCCCGCGUCAGGCCGGGCGCCGCCUCCCCCCGGCAUCCCUCUCCGCUGCGGUCAUGUAGGAAAUCAUAAAUCAUGUGAAGAUGGGACUCUUGGUAUUUGUGCGCAAUCUGCUGCUAGCCCUCUGCCUUUUUCUGGUAUUGGGAUUUUUGUAUUAUUCUGCAUGGAAGCUACAUUUUCUCCAGUGGGAGGACUCCAAUUCAGUGGUUCUUUCCUUUGACUCCGCUGGACAAACACUAGGCUCAGAGUAUGAUCGGUUGGGCUUCCUCCUGAAGCUGGACUCUAAACUGCCUGCUGAGUUAGCCACCAAGUACGCCAACUUUUCAGAGGGAACUUGCAAGCCUGGCUAUGCUUCAGCUUUGAUGACCACCAUCUUUCCCCGGUUCUCCAAGCCAGCACCCAUGUUCCUGGAUGACUCCUUCCGCAAGUGGGCCAGGAUCCGGGAAUUUGUGCCGCCUUUUGGGAUCAAAGGUCAAGACAAUCUGAUCAAAGCCAUCUUGUCAGUCACCAAAGAGUACCGCCUGACCCCUGCCUUGGACAGCCUCAGCUGCCGCCGCUGCAUCAUCAUGGGCAAUGGAGGUGUCCUCGCCAACAAGUCUCUGGGGUCAAGAAUUGAUGACUAUGACAUUGUGGUCAGACUGAACUCAGCACCAGUGAAAGGCUUUGAGAAGGACGUGGGCAGCAAGACCACGCUGCGCAUCACCUACCCUGAGGGCGCCAUGCAGCGGCCUGAGCAAUACGAGCGUGAUUCUCUGUUUGUUCUCGCUGGCUUCAAGUGGCAGGACUUCAAGUGGUUGAAGUACAUCGUCCACAAGGAGAGAGUGAGCGCCUCCGAUGGCUUCUGGAAAUCUGUGGCCACUCGAGUGCCCAAGGAGCCCGCUGAGAUUCGCAUCCUCAACCCGUAUUUCAUCCAGGAGGCCGCCUUCACCCUCAUUGGACUGCCCUUCAACAACGGCCUCAUGGGCCGAGGGAACAUCCCAACUCUUGGCAGUGUGGCAGUGACCAUGGCACUCCACGGCUGUGAUGAGGUGGCAGUUGCAGGCUUUGGCUACGACAUGAGCACACCCGAUGCACCCCUGCACUACUAUGAGACCGUGCGCAUGGCAGCCAUCAAAGAGUCUUGGACGCACAAUAUUCAGCGAGAGAAAGAGUUUCUGCGGAAGCUGGUGAAAGCACGUGUCAUCACUGACCUAACCAGUGGCAUCUGAGGUGGGCCCAGCACAAGGCAGCAGAGGUCCUGGCACCACCAAAAGCAAGCAGCAGCCACCGCCACCUGUCCACCUCACUGGCCUCGGUCUGACUCUGCCUGAGAGGCACAGGAGUCUUCAGACCCAGAGAAGGACAGUGCCAAGUGGCCCCAGCAGUGGCAAGGCCUCGGCCAGGCAGCCAGAGCCAUGUCUGCUCAGAGGCCAGCCCAAGAGACCAGCAAUCAUCCUGCAUCCUUGAAGCCAGAGGGCUAGGAGGCCACUGGCAGCGCCCAGCAGGCCCAGCAUGCAGGUGGUAGGCACUAGGCCUCAAGGCUGCUGAUGGAAUCAUGUCUCCAGUCAGUGUUGGGUGUAUUAUCAUUUUGUGAAUUUGGGUCGGGGAGGGAAGGGAUAAUUUAUUUUUAAAUAAGGUUAGAGUUUAAUCCACUUGCUGUGCAGAAAAGUGCUCACUAGGGGCCCAUCAGGCAGUGGAAGCAGUGGGCUCCCUGUAGAGUAGGGAGUGCCAUGACAAACCUGUACCCUGCUCAGGACUGCAGGGAGGUGGGCAGGAUCGCAUGCCAGCCCCACCCAGCUCAUGACACUAUUUGGCCUUUCUUGGGGAUAAGAUGGGAUAUUCCCACUCACUAGCCCCUAACUGUCCCACAGGGAAACCCUGGAGCCAUUAUUUAAGCCAACAAGACAGACCCUGGGCUGGAGCAGAGAGAACUUCAGAGCUCGGGAGGUGAGGCCCGGCCCAGCCUGACGGUAAUGGCCCCCUCCCCAGCUGUAGUUGAUCCACAGGACAGUGCCCCAGGCCUGGACUGACUUGGCAGCUGUUCUGGGUUUUAGAAAUGAGACUGCCAGGUCCUUGGGUGCUGCCUUUAGCCUGAAGCAGAGAGAAGUGGCUGUGGCAGCCACCUGGGCAGCCAUCAUGGAAGCAAUAAAGCUCUUCCCUGAACCU